GCCCUUCCCUCCUAGUCCUCGUCCUCCACGGACCCCGCGCCCAGUCCACUGCGGACCCGAGCGCUUUAAGGAAUAACCGUUGGCAGCUGCAGGCGAGCCGGUUCCAGCACCUCAUGGGCAGUCCCUCCCGCCGGCGAUGAUGGAGAACCUAAUAAGGGGACGGAAUCCCCCACAAUAUCAGAGAAGCCCUUGUAAAGAAGUCCGUGCAGCCCUUCGGAAGAGGCCCGAGGAGGAGUUGCAGUGCCUGGAGAUGACCACCAAACGGAAGAUCAUCGGCCGUCUGGUGCCGUGCCGAUGUUUCCGAGGUGAAGAAGAAAUCAUCUCAGUUUUAGAUUACUCCCACUGCAGUCUGCAGCAGGUGCCGAAGGAGGUCUUUAACUUUGAACGGACAUUAGAGGAGCUUUAUCUAGAUGCCAAUCAAAUUGAAGAGCUACCUAAGCAACUGUUCAACUGUCAAGCUCUACGAAAACUCAGUAUUCCUGAUAAUGACCUUUCAAAUCUGCCAACCACAAUUGCUAGUUUAGUUAAUCUUAAAGAACUCGACAUCAGUAAAAAUGGUGUACAAGAAUUUCCCGAAAACAUAAAGUGCUGUAAGUGUUUAACAAUUAUUGAAGCCAGUGUCAAUCCCAUUUCUAAACUCCCUGAUGGCUUCACGCAACUUCUAAACUUGACCCAGCUUUACCUGAAUGACGCCUUUCUUGAAUUUCUUCCAGCCAAUUUUGGAAGACUUGUCAAAUUGCGAAUCUUGGAGUUAAGAGAAAAUCACUUGAAAACUCUACCAAAGUCAAUGCACAAACUGGGCCAGUUGGAAAGACUCGACCUCGGCAAUAAUGAAUUCAGUGAGCUGCCUGAAGUUCUGGAUCAAAUACAAAACUUAAGGGAAUUGUGGAUGGAUAAUAAUGCGUUACAAUUGCUACCUGGGUCUAUAGGAAGGUUAAAGAUGCUGGUUUACCUGGAUAUGUCAAAAAACAGGAUAGAAAUGGUCGACAUGGACAUUUCUGGGUGUGAAGCCCUCGAGGACCUGUUACUAUCGUCCAAUAUGUUGCAACAGCUACCUGACUCGAUAGGACUGCUGAAAAAGCUAACUACUCUAAAAGUAGAUGACAAUCAGCUCACCAUGCUGCCCAAUACAAUCGGAAAUUUAUCUUUAUUAGAAGAAUUCGACUGUAGCUGUAAUGAACUGGAGUCGCUGCCUGCCACCAUCGGCUAUCUUCACAGUCUGCGCACACUAGCGGUCGACGAGAAUUUCCUUCCAGAAUUACCCAGAGAAAUUGGAAGUUGUAAGAAUGUAACAGUUAUGUCUCUACGCUCCAAUAAACUGGAAUUUCUUCCUGAAGAGAUCGGACAGAUGCAGAAACUGAGAGUCUUGAAUCUGAGUGACAACAGAUUGAAGAAUUUACCAUUCUCUUUUACCAAACUUAAGGAGCUCGCAGCUUUAUGGCUCUCUGACAAUCAGUCCAAAGCCCUUAUCCCUUUACAAACUGAAGCCCAUCCAGAAACAAAGCAGAGAGUACUGACCAACUACAUGUUUCCCCAGCAACCUCGAGGUGAUGAAGAUUUCCAGUCAGACAGCGACAGCUUCAACCCUACCCUGUGGGAGGAGCAGAGACAGCAACGCAUGACUGUUGCCUUUGAAUUUGAAGACAAAAAAGAAGAUGAUGAGAACGCGGGGAAAGUUAAGGAUCUCACCUGCCAAGCCCCCUGGGACAGGGGCCAGCGUGGGAUUACUCUCCAACCUGCCAGACUGUCUGGCGACUGCUGCACACCAUGGGCCAGGUGUGAUCAGCAGAUCCAAGAUAUGCCCGUCCCCCAGAAUGACCCCCAGCUGGCAUGGGGUUGUAUAAGUGGCCUCCAGCAGGACAGGACCCUGUGCAGUCCAUUGCCAGUGGCAGCACAAUCCACCACUCUUCCCUCUCUAAGUGGCAGACAGGUUGAAAUAAACCUAAAACGAUAUCCAACUCCUUACCCAGAGGAUUUAAAGAAUAUGGUAAAAUCUGUUCAAAAUCUGGUGGGUAAGCCAAGCCAUGGAGUACGUGUUGAGAAUUCAAAUCCGAGUGGUAACACGGAGCAAACUGUGAAAGAAAAGUAUGAACACAAGUGGCCGGUGGCCCCCAAGGAGAUUACAGUGGAGGAUUCUUUUGUUCAUCCAGCUAAUGAAAUGAGGAUUGGGGAACUUCACCCUUCAUUAGCUGAGACCCCUCUGUAUCCACCCAAACUUGUUCUGCUAGGGAAGGACAAAAAAGAAUCAACUGAUGAGUCUGAAGUUGACAAAACUCACUGUCUGAAUAACAGUGUUUCCUCAGGCACUUACUCAGACUACUCGCCCUCCCAGGCUUCCUCAGGCUCCUCUAACGCCCGGGUUAAAGUGGGGUCCUUGCAGCCGACAGCGACAGAUGCCGUUCACAAUUCUCUGUGGGGUAACAGGAUUGCACCACCUUUCCCACAACCCCUGGACGCAAAGCCAUUACUCAGUCAGCGGGAGGCCGUGCCCCCAGCGAACCUGCCCAACCUCCCGCAGCGCCCCGACCGGCUGCCCAUGGGCGACGCCUUCCCGGACACUUGGACCGACGGUUCCCAUUAUGACAACACCGGGUUCGUCGCCGAGGAAACCACAGCAGAGAACGCCAACAGCAACGCUCUCCUGGGCUCCAAGUCUAGAAACCCAGCCCCGCACGGGCGCAGGCCCCUGAUCCGGCAGGACAGGAUCGUGGGCGUCCCGCUGGAGCUGGAGCAGUCGACGCACAGACACACUCCCGAAACUGAAGUGCCUCCUCCCAACCCUUGGCAGAAUUGGACCCGAACCCCCAGUCCUUUUGAAGACAGGACUGCUUUUCCUUCCAAAUUAGAAACGACUCCCACCACCAGCCCCUUGCCCGACAGGAAAGAGUCCGCGGAGAUCCCGGGCCCUUUCUCCCCGGGGGUGCCGUGGGAGUUCCACGACGCCAGCGCCAACCGCAGUCUCAGCGAUGUCUUUUCUCAAAUCCACUGCCGCCCGGAAUCUUCCAAAGGUGUCAUUCCAAUGAGCAAAAGCACAGAGAGGCUUUCCCCACUCAUGAAAGAUAUAAAGUCCAAUAAGUUCAAAAAGUCGCAAAGUAUAGACGAGAUUGACAUCGGCGCGUACAAGGUGUACAACAUCCCGCUGGAGAACUACGCGGCCGCGGCCGAGCACCUGGGGGGCCACGAGCGCGCCGACAAGAUGCUGGGCCCGGAGCUGGGCGUGGCCAGCAUGUCGCGGAGCCAGUCGGUGCCCAUGUUGGACGAUGAGAUGCUGGCGUACGCCAGCGGCAAGGGGCCGCAGAAGGCCUCGGUCACCAAGCGGGUCUACCAGUUCGACCAGAGCUUCAACCCGCAGGGCGCGCUGGACGUGAAGGCCGACAAGCGGAUGGCGGCCGGCUUUGCGCACGGCCCCGAGUACGCACCGCCCGGGAAGGGCGCGGCGCAGGACCUGGUCAGCCCGCGCGCCUACCGCGGCUACGCGCCCGUCGAGCCGGCCUUCUCCUUCCCGCAGCCGUCGGUGGCCGAGGAGGCCGUGCUGGGCGCGCAGCUGGCCGGCCCGGCGCGCGGCUUCCUGCGCAGGGCAGACUCGCUGGUCAGCGCGGCCGAGAUGGCCGCCUUCCGCAGGGCCGGCGAGCCCGAGCUGCCCCCCGACAGGUACGGCCGGCCAGCCUACCGCGCGGGAGUGCCGGGGCCCGAGCCGCAGUUCCGCCGGUACGAGGACGAGCACCCGACCUACGCGGAGGCCAAGGCGCAGGCGGGCGGCUUCCCGGCCAAGAGCCUGACGCAGCGGCGGCCGCUGUCCGCGCGCAGCUACAGCACCGAGAGCUACGGCGCCUCGCAGACCAGGCCGGUGUCGGCGCGGCCCACCAUGGCCGCCCUGCUGGAGAAGAUGCCGUCGGACUAUAACCUGGGUAACUACGGCGACAAGGCGGCCGAGAGCGGCGAGCUAAAGACCAGGCCGGCUCCCGCCAAGGGGGAGGAUGGCUGCGGGAAAAUGCCUGCGGACUGGAGACAGCAGCUGCUCAGACACAUAGAAGCUAGAAGGUUAGACAGGAAUGCUGCUUACAAACACAACACAGUUAACCUUGGCAUGCUGCCCUAUGGAGGUAUUUCAGCAAUGCAUGCAGGCAGAAGCAUGACUUUAAACUUGCAGACUAAGUCUAAAUUUGACCAUCAAGAACUACCUCUCCAGAAAACCCCGUCCCAGCAAAGCAACAUUUUAGACAAUGGACAAGAAGAUGUGUCUCCUAGUGGCCAAUGGAAUCCUUAUCCACUCGGGAGGCGCGAUGUUCCCCCGGACACCAUUACUAAAAAGGCAGGCAGUCACAUCCAGACUCUGAUGGGGUCCCAGAGCCUUCAGCAUCGCAGCCGGGAGCAGCAGCCAUACGAGGGAAACAUCAACAAAGUGACCAUCCAGCAAUUCCAGUCACCAUUGCCUAUUCAGAUCCCCUCUUCACAGGCCACGCGGGGACCUCAGCCAGGACGGUGCUUAAUUCAAACUAAAGGGCAAAGGAGUAUGGACGGCUAUCCGGAGCAGUUUUGUGUGAGAAUAGAAAAGAAUCCCGGCCUUGGAUUCAGCAUCAGUGGUGGAAUCAGCGGACAAGGAAACCCCUUCAAACCUUCCGACAAGGGUAUCUUUGUUACUAGGGUUCAGCCUGAUGGGCCAGCAUCAAACCUUCUGCAGCCUGGUGAUAAGAUCCUUCAGGCAAAUGGACACAGUUUUGUACAUAUGGAACAUGAAAAAGCUGUAUUACUACUGAAGAGUUUCCAGAAUACAGUAGACCUAGUUAUUCAACGUGAGCUUACCGUCUAAAUAUUUUUUAUAAAUAGUGAAGAUACGUCUAGCCAAACCUAAUGUUCAAAAAUAAAUUUAUACAUAGAAACAAAUUUUGCCAAUUGCUGGACCAAUGGCAAACAUUAGUGCCAAAUGUAUAAUACUAUAUGUUAGCACUGAUCAUCCUUUAAAAUGUUAACUCUAUAAAUAACGAUGUUCACGUGGUUAUGUAUUAGUUUUAAUUGUCAGCCUAUGGCUGUACAUUGGUGCAGUUUUGUUUUUGUUUCUGGUUUGUUUUUUUUUUUAAAUCAAAUAAGUUUCUUCUCAAAGUGGAUUUCAUAUAAUUUCAGAGCACGGAAGCACACACAGCUCUUUAUGAAUUCUGCUCUCCAUCAGAAACACUGCCUCAAAGUUGUAUAUGCCUUUAUAUAGCAAAUACAAACAUGAAGAAUUGUAAUUCCCAUAAAAUAUUUCUAGCACAAGGUAUAUGUUGGCAUAUAUAUAAAAACAACAUAGAUGAAAACAAUAUUUUCAUAAACUAAACAUCUCGGAUUGAGAAAGAAAAUAUAUCUUAAAAUAAGACUUUACUAUAUUGAAUCUUUUUCAAUAAAAAUUACAUGAUAAUGCCUUAUGAAAGUAACUGUACAUAUGGUAUAAAGUGUUUAUAUUUGGUUCCAUAUUCAUUUGCUAAAUUCUCAUAACACAGAGUGAAAUAUUUCAUAAAUUAGCCAUUUAUCUCUGGGACCUGAAUAAAAUAUAAUAAACCUAAUUUGUUCGAUGCCUUUAGCUAAUUAGAAAACACACAGAGUUUAGAAACAGACUAAAGAUCAUUGUAGAUAACUCUUCUUCACCACAAAUUUCAGCAGUGGACGAUGGGUGGCAGGAAAGAGAUUGCUUUCUUUCUUUCAAGUUUCUGUUGAUUAUAAACUGUAGCCCCUGUGAUUUCUUUACCUGUAAAUGUGAAAUUUAUUUGUGUGUUGCCUAAUUUAAUUUUGCUACUUUUAAAUCAUUUAAAAUGAGUUUGGGGAAUUGACAAAAAUUAUCAUUAAGAAAGACUGUUGUCAGAAAAUUAUGGUGGGCGAUUAAAAAACUUUGGUAUUUAAAUAUGAAACUUCAAAUAUAACUUCUCAGAGCUGUGGUCUACCUGUAUUACUAAUGUCGAUGCCUGUUUUUGUAGGCAGAAAUAGAUAAAAUACUUUUUUCCUCCAAAACUCCUUUCUGCUGAAUGCUGUCUCAGCAGAGAGAGAAGCAUAGUUAAUGUAGACCUAUUUACUUUAUCAUUGAGACUAUUUCCCUCCAUCAAGAAUCAAAAUUAAUUUUAUAAUUCUUUAAACAUGUUUCUCUUUCAUAUUAGUCAUUAAUUAAAACAUUAAUUUGAGAUUCCGGAAUAAUUUUCCAGAGUGUGUUGUAUACACUCUCUCUCAUAUUUCCGCUUAGUUCUUACGUUACAUAAUAAAUUUACUUUACAUGCUAGUGUUUUCAUAUUCUAUCAGGAUUUUCAUCAUAGUAUCACAUAUUGAUAUCACCAAAGCUCUGAGAAUAAUAUUUGUAAGUUAACAGUUUUAUGGGGACAUUGAAAAUACUGUAUUUUUGUAGGGUCUAUUAAAAUGAGUGUCACUUAUUAGAAGUACAGUAGUAUUUUUUGGCAAUAGAAUUUGUCACCUGAAGGCAAAUGAUACUUCACUUUAUAGAUGAUGCACUAAUUUUGAUGUUGCUUUAUGUCAGGGUGACAUUAUAUCAUGAUUUUCUAGGGUUUGACGAUUAGCUAAUGAUAAAGUGAUUGGCCUAUUUAGUAUGUUUCCCAGAAAUAACUUUUAAAUGCAUUUUAAUAUAUUGAGAGUUUCUGAUGAGAAAUGUCUUUCAGAGCCUAAUUUUCUUUGUCAAAAAACUCAACACCAAGGCACUGUAUCCAGAUAUUAUAGGAUGAGCAUCAUUGUAAAGGAAUAACAAACUCAUGGGUGUAGUUCGGUGGCAGUGAAAUAGAUCAUCCCAUCAGAUGUAUUUUAUCUUCUAUGGGAGAGGUGGGAGAAAAGCCAAGGACCGCCCCUUGUCCUUGUCUUAAGUGAGGUUUCUAUAUCUAAACCCAGGGCUUCCUUAAGUGCUCGGAGGCACACAGCAGAGAGGAUGGAGCCUGGCAGACACCUCUGCCACUUCUGAUGUGACACUGUCUUGAGCCAAUGCUUUAAUCCUUCCUGUUCUGCAGUUCAGAAAUGAGGAAGGAGAAAAGGGAUCCUUGACCACCUGAAAAAGAAACCCAAAACGCCAGAGCGUCUCCCUGCCAGUGGCACUCUCUCCUUGCUCACUGAGGAAAGGCGGGUAAUGACGCAGAGAGGCCUCUUUUUUCCUAGGUUGGCCAAAUAGGAUCACUGAUCACCUGAGGGAAAAAGACGAUCUAAUUGAUUCUAUGGUGACAAAACCCAGUAAUACAUUGAUCCUUGAUUAUUGACUUUUUGCAGUAACUGGUUUUGCUACCUGAAAUUAAAAUCUGGUUUAAUUUAACAGCAACGACAAAAAAGUCAAGGGUGUGCCUUUAAGAAAAAAAAAAAAAAGGAAAAAUCAACACCACACCAAGGCCUGGAAUUCAUGAUAAGUGGCUGAAUAGCCCCUAACUCUUGGUCUUUGAUUUUUAUUGGACUCCUGCUGGGGAAACUGUUUAUAUGCGUGUGUCAGUAAGAUCUACUGGACGGGACUAAGAAAGGUCAGAGGUGGAGAGGUCAAGCCCUGAAAAUCAUCAGUAGACUCACCACAGGUCAUAGAAGACAGACAGACCUUCCUGGACAAUUUUAAAGGCUGUUUUCAAGGCUGAAAAUACUUGAUCAUAAAAGUUCUGUUGUAAUAAUUCUAGUCUUCCAGAUAACACAAGUCACCUCAACACGCAUCCUAA